AUGUCUAAAUCGCGGUUUUACUCUAGUGAAAUUAUCCUGGCACUGCACUUUCUUCAUUCGCGAGGCAUCAUUUAUCGAGAUCUCAAACUCGACAAUGUCCUCAUCGAUGCGGAGGGACAUGUGAAACUAACUGAUUAUGGAAUGUGCAAGGAAAAUAUUGGGCCAGGAGACGUGACUUCUACCUUCUGUGGAACUCCAAAUUACAUUGCCCCUGAAAUUUUACGUGGAGAAGACUAUGGAUUCAGCGUUGAUUGGUGGGCUCUGGGAGUGCUCAUGUAUGAAAUGAUGGCUGGACGCUCUCCAUUCGACAUUGUUGGUGCUACCGGAGAUCCUGAUCAAAACACGGAAGAUUACCUAUUUCAGAUAAUCUUAGAGAAACAAAUCAGAAUUCCUCGCAGCUUGUCGGUGAAAGCUGCAUCUGUUUUGAAACAGUUCUUGAACAAGGUGAGUCUUUUUAAUUCUGGAGUAAUGAAAGCCAUUUGGAUGAUCGUUUCGGGUUUUUUUUUUGUGAUUUAAGU